AUUCUCUUCCUGUUAUUAUUUUUUAGCUAUUUGCAACGUGACAAAAUUUUGUUUCUUCGCGAACGUAUAAUAUAUUCAAAUCAUCGAGAGGUAGACAGGUUUUUAAAACGGCAUAAUGAUUUUGAUAGAUUAAAAGUUAACCGAAUACAACCAACCACAGAGAAAAGUAGACGGUGAAAAGGCCUUAAAAUGCCAGCGAAAUAACGUCGCAUGUCAGUGAAAGUAAAAUAGUCUCCAAUUAUGAUUGGGUUUUCUAUGAUAACAAAAACCAGCGAUGGGCUGCCUUUGUGUGGCACAACUGAUAUGAGAAGCGAAGACCAAAGUGAAGACUAUCAGUUAGCGUACAAAGAUUUAAAAUUAAUCACAAAACGACUUUCAAAAUUCCCCGACAGAUGUUCAUGUACGCCGAAUUCAUACUCUAUACAUUUCAUAAGUGCUGUUGGUUUGACGUUUCUUGUGCUAUGUGAGUCAUCCUACCCAGUAGUGUUGGCCUUCUCAUUUCUGGAUGAAAUACAAAAGGAAUUCUUACGGGAAUAUGAAAGAGACAAGACCAUUCAGGCAUCAUUAAGACCUUAUGCUUACAUUAAGUUUGAUUUGAACAUUAAGAAAAUAAAGGCUCGGUAUAACAAUCCCAGGUCACUGAGAACAAGGUUGGACCUGUCUGCUUUAAGCCAAGAGAUAAAAAUUCUUCCACCUUAUGUCAUUCAUCCUGAUGAGUUCAAGUACCCUGGAGGGAAAAGUGCUUCACUGACAUCAUUCAGAACUGCUGCUUCAUCAGAGCGGCAUUUUGUGUCACUUGACCUAUAUGGCUGGCUGUCAGUGGGGCUGAAUAUACUGUGUUCAUUGCUCAAUCUCACCCGUGGUGUCAGCGUCAUGAACGAUGGCCAUAUAGAUAGCCUAGACAGUGAAACAUUCCAGUAUGCUGUUGCCUUUUUCCUAUGCUUCUUAUUCUUUGGUUAUCAGGUGUACUUGAUGAGCUGCCCAACCAGCAUGAGGAAGCCUCUGGCCUGUGCUACACUCGGAAGUAUCUGCCUUUGUCAACUGUAUCUGUGGGAACAUAGAACUAGUGUACAAGUGCUGUUUCAUGUCACAGUAGGCUGUGCAGCCACUUUUACUAUAUUCACCAGACAGAUUCAAGAGAAGUUGCCUCAGUAUAAUCUGUGACACUAUUUCUAAUAUUAAGUUGAAUUAAUAGAUGGUAUAGUCCUAAUACUGAAAAAACAGUAUGGAAGAAUGUCUGAUUCUGUGUUUGUCCAUGCUAAGGAUGUUACUGUACAUGGCUGGCAAUACAAAAUGAAUGAAGAAUCCUGAUGGAGAAGCCUCGAGUCAGACAAAACAGAUUGAAACAAAAACACUUAAUUUUCAGGCAACGACAGUGGUGUCAGCACCACCACAUUUUAGUGCUUGAGAGUGCAUCUUGGCAGGCAAAUUUCAAAUUUCAGUCUUCAUUAAUAUGGGCUAACUUUGUUCUUUGAAGAGGGCAUGGACUGUGUUACUUCGAAUUUCUUUUGCUCACUUUCACUGCAGGAUACCUGUACAGGUGCUACUGCCUCAAACAAGGCACCAAUUGAGAAGGAUGUUGAUAUGUAUGAAAGUUGCAUGAACCUCGAAAUUUUAUAAAAAAUAAAAGACGUGUAUCAAUUUUAAA